GCCUAAAACGCCGGUCAUAUUUUGUAAUUGUACCUUCACAUUGACAGUACUUACUUUGACAGGUAGGUUUAGUGUAGAACCCAGCUUUCGGGCAGCUGUCGUCAUUCUAAACGCCUUUUUUUUCCGUACAUAUGUAUCGGAGCUUUUAGCCGUCUCGCGCGUUAGGCUAGCUCUUCCAUCAGAGGCGGAGGAAAAAGGUCCACCAUCAUUUUUUUUUCUUUUUUAACAAUUCCUUUCCUUUAUAUCUAAAAGGUCUUCGUCGAGGUUGGUUUGUAAUAACUAAAUCAAUUUCUUUUGAAAAAAAUGACGUCAAGAAAGAAAGUUCUACUCAAAGUCAUCAUCCUUGGAGACUCUGGAGUUGGGAAGACCUCAUUAAUGAACCAAUAUGUGAAUAAGAAGUUCAGCAACCAGUACAAAGCCACAAUCGGUGCCGAUUUCCUGACAAAAGAAGUUAUGGUAGAUGACAGACUUGUCACAAUGCAGAUUUGGGAUACGGCGGGUCAAGAGCGGUUCCAGUCCUUAGGCGUGGCUUUCUACCGCGGAGCAGACUGCUGUGUUCUGGUGUUUGAUGUGACUGCACCCAACACCUUUAAGACCUUAGACAGCUGGAGGGAUGAGUUCUUGAUUCAGGCUAGCCCACGAGACCCUGAGAACUUCCCUUUUGUGGUGCUGGGAAACAAGAUUGACCUGGAGAACAGACAGGUAACAACCAAAAGAGCACAAGCUUGGUGUCAGAGCAAGAACAACAUCCCAUAUUUCGAAACCAGCGCCAAGGAGGCAAUCAAUGUGGAGCAGGCCUUCCAGACUAUUGCACGCAACGCUCUUAAACAGGAGACAGAAGUGGAGUUGUACAAUGAGUUCCCCGAGCCAAUAAAGCUGGAUAGGAACGAACGAGCCAGGCCUUCAGCAGAGCCCUGCAGCUGCUGAGGACUCUGAGGAUCAUCAGGGGGCUCGUCAUCGCCCGCAUCACCCUGCCUUGCCUUGUCUAUUUAUCCCCUCCCCUGCGCCCCACUGUGUAAUGCCCCAACAUCCAACAUACAAGCAGCAUCCCACUCAUAAGAGUAUAUUACUACACACAAAAAAUGCUGCACACACUUCCUUAUAAUAUAUAUAUAUAUAUAAAUAUGAAGAUACAUUUUCUAUCAAAUAGUCUUUUAGUCCAAAGAACACUUUGAGGAAAGAAUAAGGUGUUUAUUUGUCUGAUGCUACCUUCUUCCCAGUCUUUGCCCUCUUAUUGGUCCAUUGUGGUUGGGGCUACGUUUCCUUCUGUUUCAUUCGUAUUUCUUCUCGUUCACUCCCUGUGUGCUCCCAACUGCUUGUAUUUUGAUACUUCAAGUGGGAAAUUGAAGCAUUACUUCUGUAUUUUGAACUUUUGACUUAGAUUAGACAAAUGUUUGUUUUUUUAAAUCAAAAAUGUCUGUAAUUUUGGUGGUCAUGUUCUCUGUCAGUCCACCACUGCAGCCCGAACAGAGGAAAUACUGCUGCUUCAUACUUUACUUUAAAUACUUCUUACAAUUGUAUAUAACCUAAAUCACAAAAGAAACGUUCCUACUUCAGCAGUGCUUUUGUGUGAAGGUUAACAAUUAGAUUAGAGGAUGAAAAUGUUGGUUGAUUAAACAAAUUGGCAAGUAGUUACGAAUCAAGUAACAAUAGUCCAUCUGGCAAGUAUGUACAGUUUUCUUUUUCCACUUUGCCACCUUACUGUCAUACCCUGUAGUUUCAGUUUAUGGAGACGGCUCACUUUUGAGCCACAAUAAAUAUUUUGAUGGAAGCCACGGUUCCCUGUCAGAAUAAAGGUUCAUAGACCAUUUAACACAGGAACUGAGUGAACCGAUAUGGCACGUCAGUCUACCAGAUGGACCUAGAGGAGAGCUUUUCUGAAAUAACCUCUAUUAGCAAACAUGUUUAUUUUACUAGACUUUGUGUAUAAUUGCGAUUCUUUCAGUCAUGGUUUAGGUAAGACAAAGCUGUUGUAAAUCUCCAUUUCUGACUUUGCCAACUUGUGACGGCUAAUGGUUUAAGUGCUUCUUGUUUAACGGAUUGGAUCGUUAACUGUUGGUUUGUAUUAUACUGAGAGCUAGAAAUUGAAUAUAGUCUGAAAUAACACAUACUGUAACACUGAAAGACUCUAAAAGAAACAUGGGAAUAUUUGGCAUUCA